AUAUGUUUGAUUUUGAAAUCUUUUCAACACCAACUUUCAACACCAACUUUCGACAACAACAUAAAACCUUCAUAUUUUCAACGCCAAAUUUCUUCAUUCUUUGUUCAAAGUUAAACUAAAAAAUCAACAAAAUCGUUUUUAACAGCAUUACUGAACUAAUAAAUAAGAAAUAUUCAACUGUUUAAACUGGUUUAAUAAUGAGGUUGCAAAAAAGAUUAUCAAGUGAAGGUUCAUCAGAUGAUGAUGAGUCUGUUGGAAAAGAUUAUGAUGUUGUUAUUAUUGGUAACGGACCUUCUGCAAUUCUAUUAUCUUAUUUUUUAUCUGGAAAUUGGCCUUAUUACAAUGGGAAACCAAUAGAUGAUCCAAUUCUAAAAGAACGACUUCGUUAUGUAUCACAGACUAAAUCAUUGGUUCUUCAGGAUUUAGAAUGGCUUAGUGAGGGCAUGUACGACUCUCGUACUAUGAACCCAGUUAGUAUUUUAUUUGAUCAUUUAUUUCAUCCAAAUGCUGAUAUGUUGACUAAUGAUGAAUCAGUGAUUGAAUGGCGUUAUAACCCGAAUAAUGAAGUGCGUCAUAUAGUACUUGGAAUGGGUCCUGCUGGAGGUUCCUGGCAUUAUAUGAAUAAUUCACAACUCUCUGUAAGUUUAGCCCAAUGGCUUGAACUGCCUGGAUAUUCUUACAAGGAGUGGUUUCAAGAAAAUCAAUAUAAAGUUCCAAAUUUACCCAAGUUAUCUCCAAUUACUUCUGUUCAUCCUGAUCGAACCCACACAGCUUUAGUAGGUCUUUAUUAUAUGGAUUAUGUGAAAAAACAAAACAUGUCACAAAAUUUUAAAAACAACGUCAAAGUAACAUCUGUUAGACAGUGUACUCAAAAUAAUAUUAUGCAUUGGUGUAUUGAAGGUCUGCAGUGGGUCGAUGAAACAACUACUCAAAUGUUUACAUUAUUUUCUGACAAUGUUGCUUUAGCAGUUGGUGCAUCAAAUAUUCCAAGAAAACUCUAUAUUACAGGUGAACAUUACGAUUUUGUUUGCCACGCUCUUCCUGAUAUAGAAACUAUGAUUAAUCAAAAGUUGCCUGUUCUUGUUGUUGGUUGUGGACUAGUCGCUCUAGAUGCUGUGCUUAAAUUAAUUGCAAACCGAAUUCCUGUUUAUCACGUUUUUCGCCGCAGCGUCAAGGAUCCAGAGCUCAUUUUAAACCAGCUUCCUUCUGCUUAUGCAGAUUAUUUGCAAUUGAAGCCUUUAAUGACAGGAAAGUGCUUAAACAAUGAGUACUAUAAACCCUUACCCCAGCACAAUGUUGUCGGGAUUUUACCUAACAGAGAAGUAAUUAUAGAGCAUACUAAUAAGAUGCUGGCUUAUAAGUUACAUGUUAACCGAGUAAUUAUUUUAGUAGGACUGUUACCAGAUUUAUCAAUAAUUGAUAAUUCUGAUAGUUUAAAAGAAGAUCCACAGAAAGAGUUUAAUAUAAAAACUAAUCCGUUAGAUAUAGAUUUAUAUACAUAUGAAUGUCGGUCUCGAAAAGGGCUAUAUGCUUUAGGUCCAUUAGUUGGUGAUAAUUUUGUGAGGUUAAUAUCCGGUGGUGCAUUAGCAAUCACGCAUGGCUUGUUUAGAAAAGAAUAUGAUGCAUUUGAAGAUAGUGAAUAAAGUAAUAGAAAUUUUUUAACUGAUUUUUUAAAUAUACUGUUUUUAUUAGUUAGAAAAUUUAA